CAACACUCUUAAGUCUACUGCCCUUGUUUCAAAGGAGUCAUCGACUCAUUAAGUACAGAAAUAAUGCAGUGCUCUCUUGUACUUAAAUUGAUAUGUGAUUAUCUCAGACAGAACUUGACACCAUUGACACCAUUGGCGCUAUUGACACGGUUGGCACCAUUGACACCAUUGUCACGAGAACUUGAAGAAAAUCGGCUUCCUUUCUUAAUUCUGCUAUCUCCGUGUUUUUUCCCCUGCAUUGUUAUAUAUGCAAUAGACCGCGGGGAGUUGAGAUUCUAAUGCCUUGAGUUCAGCCAGCUGUGACAUAGAAUUUGUCGGUUUUAAGUUUAUCCCAUUGGAUGAAGACUCAACAAAUAAAUCGUUUCACAGAAGAGAAUUUCUUGUGAGUUAUCAUAGCAUCAAGAUCACUAUUAUUAGUUAGAAAGCUUAUUCGAUCAUACAUUUCAAAUAUUAGGACAUUAGUCAAGUCAUUUGUGUUAACGUGAUGCACCAUUUUUUUAUAUUUUUUAAAAAAUAAAUGCUAUUUGUAGCCUGGUCAUGAAAAAUGAUUAAAUAUGAUGUGGAAGAUUAUUUAUGAUCAUUAAAUAAAUCACCCCGUACGUCACUACUUAACUAGGCAGAAGACCUUCAUAAGACCCGAAGACGUCUUCUGAAGACGUCAUCUCCUCAUCACCAUGGGCUGUGGGUGCCCUGAUGCUAGAUGCAGGUGCCGUCCAAGAUUGGUCACUGUUGAGCCAGUUCUGUUCCUGUACAUGUUCUCCUCCAACCUGCAGUUUCCCACAUUUCAGGUAACAUGAUGAUUACCAAAUUUAAGGGAAUCGUGAAAAAUCAAUGCUGUAGAUCAGGGCUCGAAAACCUUUUGUUAAAGAUGUGCCCAAUUAGGAUUUCGAGUUAAGUCAGGAUGCCAGCAACUUAGAAGUUCAUCUUUAUAGGAGGCAUUCAAUCAUCAUGCCAACCACCUAGAAGUUCAUCUUUAUAGGAGGCAUUCAAUCAUCAUGCCAACAACCUAGAAGUUCAUCUUUAUAGGAGGCAUUCAAUCAUCAUGACAACAACCUAUACUUAUACCCCAUAAGAACCUUAUAUUAGUCUUCUAUUAGAUUUUUUUUUUAUCGUCUUUGUCCCAAUUAAAAAUGCCCCAGACUUGGCGUGGAUGGUUGCCGACCACUGCAACCGAAAGUAAUCAAUAAGUCAUAAGCUCACUAGGCACACAAGACAGUUUAAAACACCCACUUCAGUUUGGGACCUUGCCAUUUGGCAAAUAUAACACCGGAAAUCCUGAAAAGUUUAUAUUUUAAUCAUGUUUGGGCUAUACAUUCGUCAAAUCAAAGAAAUAAAAGUAAACCAAAAUAUUAUGAGCAGGGAUUAAAAUUUUUUUAACAGAAUGAGGAUUUUGAAAGGAUCCAGAUAAAAAUAGACCAACUAUUGUUGCAGAUAGUAAAUCUACUCCUUAAAUGUGGAUAGCUGAUUCAUAUAAUGUAGAUACCGGUUGGUUUGUCUGUUAUUGUGUAUACUCUUUUUCUAUAAACUAUAGAUAGUAAUAUUAUAAAGGAAGAUAUGCUAUUUCUGUAUUUUAGAUAGGCAGUCUACUCCAAAAAAUACUAUAAUGUAGUCAGACAGUCUGUUCCUAGCAAGAAGGUGGUCAAUCUAUUCAACUCUAUCCCCAAACAGAGUUUGGUGUACAAGAAAACCUGCCUGCAGAUUUUCAACUCAUCCUUCUGUGAUGACAUGGACAACAAAACAUUUCAGAAACUGCACACAGCACAACAGGAUGCCAUACAACGUGACGCUUCUAAUUGGAUGAUGCUUAGCAACAUUGGCAUAACCUUACCGGCAAUUAUGACUGUCUUCUUAUUCAUUGGGUCAUGGGGAGAUAAGGUAUCAGUUGUCAUAUUUGGGGAGAUGAGGUAUCAGUUGUCAUAUUUGGGAGAAGGGGUAUCAGUUGUCAUAUUUAAUUUUGGGAGAAGGGUUAUCAGUUGUCAUAUUUGGGGAGAUAAUGUACCAGUUGUCAUCUUUGGUGAGAAAAGGUAUCAGUUGUCAUCUUUGGUGAGAUAAGGUAUCAGUUGUCAUCUUUGGUGAGAAAAGGUAUCAGUUGUCACCCUUUCCAUUGGAAAGUAAAUUAACAUUACUGAAAGUUUUGAUUCACAAAGAAUUAUGAAAGAUGGUUCAAUCAUUGAAAUAAAAACUUACAUUAAACUAUUAUCAUAAAAUUCUAAGUAUCAUUGUCAUCAAAGGGAUAAACAGGAGCAAAUAUAACUGUUUUGGGGUUAAAAUUGUUCGUUUAAAUGUUCAAUACUAAGACUUUGUGAAAAGCUAUGAGUGGCUGAUAAUUAAAUAAUAUAUGAAUGAGUACUCUACUGCUAAAUUUCGAAACUCAAUAUCAAAUCUAUCACUGUCAAUAUCAAAGCUAUCAAUCUCAAAGCUAGCAAUAUCAAAUCUAGGGAAACGAUCUGCUUUUCAAGAUGAAUAAACAUAUUUUUUGCUCUAAUCAGAUCAACAGAAAGUUACCAAUAUUACUGCCAUGUGUUGGAAGUCUCAUCUACAACCUGUCUAACCUAUUGAAUGCCUACUACAUGGACUGGUCCCUGGAUUACCUCAUGAUAGGCCCAAUAUUUGAUGGCCUGUUUGGCGGGUACAUUACAGUUCUGAUGGGGGUGUACAGUUAUAUCACGAACAUAUCUAACCCAGGAAGCAAAACGGUGACCAUUUUUGUUGCUUUGUCAGAUAAAUUAUUAUAAGCAUAAAUCACUUUUAAAGACAAAGAGAAAUUAAGGAUUACAUAUUGCAAUGAUACUUCAAGUAGAAAAUCAAUUACACAUUCAAAUGUUAACUUUUUCAAAUGCUUUGAUCUAAUUCAGCAACAACUUUUUCAAAUGCUUUGAUUUUGAUCUAAUUCUGCAACAAAGAUAACCAAGUCACACAAUGAAUUUCAGUUUUAUAAAUUGAUUCUAUAAUGUUAUAUAUAUAUAUAUAUAUAUAUANAAAGGAGGAGAAAACACAAUUGUAAGGUUACACUUUUAGUAAUUUCUCGCCAUUGGUUACUUAAUAAGUUUGAGAUUACAUUGCACACUAAGAUGUUCAACCAUUUUUGGAUGGCCAGGUACGUGUAGGUAUUGUAGAGUCCAUGACAUUUUUUGCUGGCACUGUCAGUGUCUUCAUCUCCGGUCUCAUUCUGGAAGCAGUUGGCUACGUCAUGGUGUUUGUGAUCGUCUGCUCAAGCCUAGGUUAGUGGGGUUUUGUUUUUGUGUGUGUGUAGUAAAGGACUUUAUCUUUUUUUUUUUUUUUAAAUACUAGAUCUCAUGUUUUUUACGACCACCCUACAAUAUUUGAAAUAUAGUACAAGUGUUGUGAUUAAGAUGUCAUCUGGCUAAGGAUCAUGUCUAUAGAUGUUUACUAAAAACAUUUUUAGGGAAAAUCAUACUCAUAAUUAAUCUGUGUUUACAGGAAAUGUACUGUACACUUUUUUUGAAACACAAUUCUUUUAUGGGUAUGAUCAUUAAUCAUCAAGACAAUUCAGUCUCAAAUAUAUAUACAUGUUUAUUUCAAUCAUUUGAACCAAAACAAAACACAAAAUCUCUGCCUCUUCCAGGUUUGCCAAAAUAACAUGAUAAAUAAUUUCCUAGCAAAAAAACCUAACUAUAAAACUAAAACUAGCUAAUAUAAUGUCAAAAUUUAAAAAUAAACUCUAAGAUUAACAAUUUUAAUUCAAAAUUAUCAAAUAAUUUUCACUUAUUGAUCCUAGUUAAUAUUUAAAAGGAAUCUGUUUUAAAAGCUAUUAACAUUAACCAAGAAUAAUAAUGUUAAAAUAUUUCAGGUGUAGCAGCAUUAUAUGGCCUCUUUUGGCUAGAGAGCAUAAAGCCAGAAUAUGCAGAUGACAAAAGGAGUUAGUAAUUUCCUAUAAUAUGUAGCAAUUUUUUAAAGAUAAAAAUGGCAGAAGCAAUUGUGAAUAUUUUUUAAACACUGCUUUUAAUUUUUUUAAAGUUAUCAAUCCCUUUAAUUUUGUUUUCUUUUUAUAAAAUCAGUUUUUUAAAUGAUAAUUUAUCUUCUCUGCUGCUGGUUGAUUGGUAGGGGCCUACAACAUAAAAUAAGAUGAAAACCAAACAAAUGGAAGGCAACUGAGACUAUGAAUUCCUAGGGGUCUAUAACACUGUCUGCUUUUUCAGAAAGUUUUUGCAUGAAAUGGCUGGUCAGCCCACUGAAGGACACAUGCAGGUGUAUGGUGAGACCUCGAGGUGACCGGCUAAAACUGUGCCUAGCCCUUAAGAUCCUGGUCCUGUGUAUAAUACAGAUGUGCACCACAGGUUAGCAUUAUGGGAUCAUCAAUGAGAAUAAACAGUGAUCAUCACUGAGUGACUUUUGAUAGAACAGGCAAAUGUUCAGCAUUAUGGGAUAGUCAGAUAGAAUAGCCAGUGCUAAGCAUCAUUUUAUGAUUAGUUAGAAUACUUAAAGGCUAGCAUCAUAUCAUUAAUACGCACCAUCAACUUUGGGUUAAAAUUAAAGUAUUCGAUUUCAUUAAAAACAAAAUUUAGCUUUAAUUUCAAAAAUGUUUUUUUUAUAGAUGUGAUUCUGUGAUCCUGAAAUUUGACUGAAAAGUUUUAGGCUCAUGGUCUGCACAAGGUUUUUUGAAAUAGCUCUAAGCUACUGAUUUAAUUUUUCACCGUGGAUCUCCUUGAAAAAGUAUUGUGUGUAUCCACAUGUACCACUCAUUUGCAUUAAUUUCGUUGGCUCAUCCCUGUCUUCCCCCAGGUGAGGAUAACAUUCCAUAUUUUUUCAAUUCCUCAGCUGAGAAUGACAUUCUAUACCUUUUCAUUCCCCAGGUGAGAUUGGCAUUCAAUAUCCUUUCAUUCCCCAGGUGAGAAUGAUAUUCUAUGUAUAUAUCCCUUCCCCAGGUGAGAAUGACAUCCUAUACCUGUACCUCAAGAGGAGCCCCCGUAGUUUUACUAGCACAGAGUACGGCUACUUCAAAGGAACUGAAAACUUUACACGCAGCCUGGCACUGCUGACCAUCCUGCCGCUGCUCAAACACAGAUUCCAUCUGAGGGAUUCCACUGUUGUCAUAGUAGGCAUUGUUUCCAAGGCUUGUGGUUUGAUACUGCUGGGACUGGCUAACAACAUGUUGCUUGUUUUCUUAGGUGUGUAUUGAUAUAAGGCUGACUGAGUCUAACUGGUUGCAGUGUUUCUUUCAGGCGUCUGCACCCCCCCCCCCAUUGAAAAAAACGCUAAUUGUUUGGUGGCGCAUUCAAGACAGUGAGAAUUUAAGAUAAUAGAAAAACAUGCUAUAUACCCACUUUUCAAUUAACUACUUUAAGAUGAAAAAAGUGAAUUAGAUAUUCACUGAGUUUUUAAUAAAGUAUCACAAGAAUUCAGACAGAGCUCUCAACCUCUAGCUUUUAAAUAUGAAAACCCAUGCCCCUCGCUAAUUAGUCGUCAUUGGAUACAAAAUAUGUUGGCUUAAAUUUGAAUAGAUUUGAUUAAAUUUACAACCUUAAAAAUAUGAGAACAAUUGGUGGCCAUUUGUAUUUGUUUAAAAUGUGCCAUCCCAUUUAGCUGUGGGAUUAUUCACCUAUGUAGCAUCCUGAAACCAGACAUGAUUAUUAAGUCAUAUGGGAUAUUUUUUUAAAAAUCCAUCACGUGACUUCAAUAAAAUUUUUAAUAAACAGCUUAAUUAUUUGGAUUCAAAAUAAAUUAUGACUGAAAAUUCCAAAUUAGGAUGAAAAUUAGUAUAAUAAAAUAUAUUUAUUCCACAGUUGUCGUGUUCGCAAUGUUCCAAGGUUUCCCUUCAGCAGGAUUGAGGUCCAGUUUGACAGAUUUGGUAGAUCAAGAUGAGCACGGUGAGAAACAUUUACUUUCUUUGUAGUAAUACAUGGCCUAAUCUGAAAUGAAUUCCCCAACUCAGUAGUGGACCCCAGAAUCAUCGGCUUAUACAUUUAAAAAAAUAGGAUGAUUAAUUUAGAUAGUUUUAUUUUAUUCAUUUAACAAUAUUAUCCUUUUAAUAAAUUGUACCAAACUGACAUGGGUAGGUGGGUCCAUUGCAGUUGGGGGAAGAGGAGAUCAUCAGUAUCUAAUUCCCCCCCCCCCCCCCCCUUUUUUUUUUCCUCACCACAAAAAUUUAAAAAAUUAAAAAAACUUUUAAUAAAUUGUACCAAAAUGAAAUGGGUAGGUGGGUCCAUUGCAGUUGGGGGAAGAGGAGAUAAUCAGUAUCUAAUUCCCCCCCCCCCCACCACUUUUUUUUUUCAUCAUCACACAAGAUUAAAAAAUUAAAAAAUAUCCUGCUCUUAUUUUACUUUUGGAAUCAGUUCAAGCAAAUAAAUGAAAGUAAUUAUGAAAAUUCAAUUUUGACUCUAGAGCUAAAGUUUAUAAUGCCGUACUCCAACCUAGGUCGUCUAUUUGCUAUAGUAGCAGCCGCUGAAAGUUUAGUCACUCUGGCAUCUACCUUUAUCUUUAACGGAUGGUAUCCAACAACGCUGUAUUACUUUGACGGGACAUGUUUCCAGUUUGCUGCUGGAAUGUGUGGCUUGGCUUUGGCUAUCACAAUGUGAGUUGUUUUGUUUUUUUUAAAAACGUCCUGGUAUUCCAUUUAUUCAACAAACUUGAGCCAUCUUGUCCAGCUGGUACUUAUGUUCCCCCAGAUGUUGGACUAGAUUUUGCAAUUCACAGAACGAUUACAAAAAGCACAUAUAUGACAGAGGUUUAUGAAUAUGUCAAUGCGUAGAAUUAAAUGGUAGAGGUGAUUGAUUCAACUGUCAGCGUUAACAUAACUGUCAGAGUUGACAUAUUGAUCAGUGUCAACAUGACUUUCAUUAGAAAUAUCCAGGCACACAGCCAGUGAUGUGUGCACCAACUGCAUGUCCUAAAAUUGUUCAAAAGUUCUCAUGAUUUUUGCUACACAGUUAAUGCAUGUUAAGAGAGGCGCCUCACCCAGAGUUUUAGGUAAAAAAUAUGUUAGCACGGGUUACAUCAAUUCACAAGCUGCAUGUCUAUCAAGUUUUUUUUUUUUCUACUUAACAAGAAAAAUGUUGACAAUUUUUCUUAAACUUAAAGACACGCACAGUCCGAAUGUUAAAUACUAUUAUUAAAACUUAUAAAUUUAAAAAAAAUAAAUCUUCCAAUUUAUGAAUUUUUUUUUUUAUAUUUCAGUGGGACAAGAUGGCACACUGAAAAUAAAACAAUAGCAGAGACAUCCCCACAGAAACAGAAAUAUAGCGCGGCCACUUCUACAGGAACAAAAUUAUAGCACAGCCACUUCUACAGAAACAAAAUUAUAGCACAGCCACUUCUACAGAAACAAAAUUAUAGCACAGCCACUUCUACAGGAACAAAAUUAUAGCACAGCCACUUCUACAGAAACAACAAAAUUAUAGCACAGCCACUUCUACAGAAACAAAAUUAUAGCACAGCCACUUCUACAGAAACAAAAUUAUAGCACAGCCACUUCUACAGGAACAAAAUUAUAGCACAGCCACUUCUACAGAAACAAAAUUAUAGCACAGCCACUUCUACAGAAACAAAAUUAUAGCACAGCCACUUCUACAGAAACAAAAUUAUAGCACAGCCACUUCUACAGAAACAAAAUUAUAGCACAGCCACUUCUACAGAAACAAAAUUAUAGCACAGCCACUUCUACAGGAACAAAAUUAUAGCACAGCCACUUCUACAGAAACAAAAUUAUAGCACAGCCACUUCUACAGAAACAAAAUUAUAGCACAGCCACUCCCAAAGGAACAAAACCACACAAUUGUUUGGAAUAUAAAAGACAGGGUAGGGGUGAACUUGAUAAAAGACAAAACAAAGCAAUGCACAUGACAGCAAGAAGCCUUCAUCAGCCAACAGAUCUGGUACAAAUAGAAUAUUCAAUUUAGAAAUGUAAAAAGUAAUAAAAACUUAUCUUGUUUUUCGUUUUGUCCAAGAGAACUGUAAAAUGAGUAUAGUGAGCUCUUGGUGGUAAGGGAAUUAAUAUAGAGAAACCCAAAAAACUUACCUUGUUUUUC